AUGUCCCAAAUGCCCAUGCCCUGGUUACUGCGCAGCCUCACAGAGGAGGCCUGCUGUGGAACACACCGGCAACCAUUGCGGCUCUUCUGUGAGGAUGACCAAGCCACGUUGUGCAGCAAAUGUUUCCAGUCUGCAGAGCACAAGCAGCAUGUGGUAUAUGGGAUACAAGAGGCCGCUGAGUAUUAUAGGAAGUUAUUCCAGGAAACACUGGUUAGAUUGAGGGAGAAGCUGGACGUAGCUAAAAGCUUACUGAUGGAAGAGCAAGAGAGAAUGGUGGUGAUUCAGGAAGACGAGCGGAGGUUUAAGGAAAUGAUCAGGAAUGAGUAUAACAUGAGAUUCCUGCUGCUGACUGAAGAGCUGGAGCUGUGCUUUCUGAGACAGUCAGUCUGUGAAUCUGACCUGGAUUCGAAAGAUGCUCAUCAGAACGAACUGAGGAACUUUAGUGCUGAGCUCAAUCACGAAUUCCAGGAAAUGCUACAGGGACUUAGCCACGUGGGGAGAGAGAACGUGAGCAAACUGAAGGCCAGUGAAGUCUGGGUUGGUAAGCACCUCGGCAGCCUCCAGAACACUGUCACAGAGCUGGAGAAGAAGUGUGGUGAAUCCGCCAUCCCAUUGCUCCAGAAUGCAAAGUGCUACUUAGAAAGGAUUGAAUCUCUAUUGCUUCAGAGCCUAAAGCCAGCUCAGAUCACAGACCUGAGUUCAUGCCUGCUAAUAAGAAUGAACAAAACACUACUGAGGUUCCAAAGACAUAUAACUUUGGACCCAGACACAGCUCAUCCUUCCCUUGUUUUAUCUGAGGACCUGAGAAGCAUGAAAUUUAGAGAUAUUCCACAGAGUGUGCCUGACAAUCCAGGGCGACUGGACUUCAGUGCUUCCGUAUUGGGUGCAGAGAGCUUCAACUCAGGGAGGCAUUAUUGGGAGGUGUUUGUGGGACAGGCCACACAGUGGCAGCUGGGCAUAUGUGACUGUACAGAGAGAAAGGACAAUGUACCCCAGGCUUCCAGUGAUAAGUUCUUGCUCACGGGGUCCAUGAUGGGGCCCGAUUACACCUCCUGGAUCUUUCCCCCUUUAAGAAAGGUCUGUCAGGGAAAGCAAAUGUUCAAAGUUGGAGUCUUCCUUGACUGUGGUUGUGGGCAGGUAUCAUUCUACAACAUGACAGAGCAAUCCCUCAUUUAUAGUUUCUCUGACCUUACCUUCCAAGGAGCAGUUAAACCUAUAUUUUCUCUUUGUGUUCCAAGUGGAGGUGUGAGUUCAGACUCUCUUACUGUCUGUCUGCCCCAGAUCCACUCCUAA